UUAGUUGACUUGCUGUUUUUUAUGAUUGUCAUCUAUUGAUUUAUAUAGGUAUAGAAUAUAGAUACAUUAGCUAUACAAUAUUAUGGUGAUUUACUUAUACAGUUCAUAAACACCAAAAAAAGAAAAUGCAUCAAUAUUAAUCAAUCGCUGUCUAGAUUCGAUUAUGAUCAAUUUACGUAACAAAGUUUGACUUAAAAAGUGUAUUUUGUUAGUACACCUUAUGUCUUAUUAUUCCUAUACUGGUUAGGUUACUCUGUAGACAUAAAAUAUGGUAACAAAAUAUUUGUUUCGAUUUAUUUUAUUAUAAACCGCACGAUUUAACUUGAAAAUGUCGUCUACGUUGCCUACGUGGCUAUAAAGUACCUAUACCUAAUAUACGAUACAGGUCCCACCUGUGCAUCUACUUACAAAGACCUGCAUCGACCCAAAUCAGAAAUAGAAAACAAACGGGAACAAUCUAAAGCUUUAUAUUAUACAUUUAAAACGUGAUUAAAACUUUAGAUAUUUAAUGACACGUUAGCUCUUAUAAAUAUAUAAAAUACCUACAUAAAAAUCACAUAAUCAUACUUAUACCUACUGUAGAUACCUGCAGAUAUUCGAAUAAAAACAUUUUCAUUUAAAAUAAAUUUUAAUAUUAAUUACGGCAUCGUAAUUUGUAAUAACAGGGUUAUUCCUUCGAGUUCGUUGUACAAUAAUUACAGGUCUAAUUGAAUACAAUUAUGGAUUAUUAUAGUAGAAACUUAAUGAAUAGGUACCUACUAUCUUCUAGGUAGGUAUAAUUAGAAAGGUACCAUUCUACAACAAGUUGUAAGUUCGUUAUGCCACGAUACCACUAGCUGUGUAUACAUAUUAUUAUAAUUUUGUUUACAUUACAAUGAACGGAUAUUUUUUACUAUCUAUGUAAUAUUAUUACUUUUUUAUUACAGUACCGUCAAACUUGUUGUGGUUACAAGCAGUUUUAAGGUUUAAUUAGAAAUUACAGAAACAAAUAAUAAAUUAUAGGUUAUCUUACCUAGUUACAAGAAACCUAGGUCUCAAUAAUUAGUUCUAUAAUAACCCGGAUUCACAGCUGCGUCGUGUGUCGUGUCGUGUCGUGUCGAUCAAAUCGUAUUGUGAUUGGAUAUUACUUUUUUGGUGUCGUGUAAUAACCUGCAAGGUGUAACCGAGUAUACCAAGAAUUGACUACUGCUCAACUUUUAAACCAUAUUGGUUACCAGUCGUAACCAUAUAAUAACCAAGCCCUCGCUCGACACGACACACGACGUAGCUGUGAAUGCGGAUAUAUCAAAGUUAUUAAAUACACCUUUCAUAAUAUUUUGUUUAUAUUUCAUUUUUGUGACUGCCCAAAUUUACACAAGAUUUUAUAGUCAGUGACCGAUUAUACAGUUAUAAAAUUAUAUUACAUAAAAGAUAAAAUACGAUACUUCACUCUGUGUACCUACUGUGAAGUAAGAAAGAAUUUAAUAAUAGAGAGAGGGGGAGUUGGAGUUCAUCAAAGUAAAAAAAAACUUACUUCAAAAUUCCCCAGUCUCCUCCUAUGUAUCUACUAUAUAUAGUCAUAUAGAUAAACUGUUACAAUACAAUUACCUAUAAUACACGUAGGUACAACUAAGUACUAAGGUACCUAUACUACUCCGGCCCAGGAGAGAGUACUUCUGGGCGGCGGCUCAAACAUGUCUGUUUUCGCGCAUUCCCACCACAAAACCUUCCCGUACGCUGGCCGCCGCCAACUCUAGCCGCCGCCACCGUCGCCGCCGCCGACCAUGAAACGGUGACAGUGGUUGUAUACAGCGCGUACUAUAGUGUUACCGUUAUUUUACGUGUUUGCAUACAUACACAAAAUUUGCGUUUUUGCGUAAUACCUACACAGUUUUUUUCCAGUUUUUGCGUAGUUAAACAGUAUUAUUUUUUUUAUACCUAACUACAGAAUAUAACAUGGACGUCGUAGAUAUUUCUCCUGUUAAAAAAAAUCCAUGUGGAAAAUUUAUUGGCACUGGUCAAAAGAAAAUCAUAAUUAAUAAAGACAAACUCAAACAACAGCUGGAAAAUCCAGAGAUGAGCAAAUUGUCUUUCAGACAAAUGAUCGUAGACAUCUCAAAAACUACCGGUAUUGGGCAACGUACGGUACAAAACACAUUGGCCGAGUACAGAAAUGAAGGUACAGUGACAUCGCCCAACAAAAAAAAAGUGAGACCUACAGUUAUUGAAAAAGUUGACGAAUUUGAUAAAAAUGCCAUACGACAAAAAAUUCACAAUUUUUGGAGGAACCGUGAGGUACCCACUAUUCCAAAAAUGUUAGUUGCCAUUAAUGAAGAUGAUUCAUUACCAAGCCUUAGUCGUUCGUCUUUCCAACGAAUAUUAAAAGAUUUGCAAUUCGAAUAUGUAAAAAAAAAUCGGAACAGUGCUCUUCUCGAAAGAGAAGAUUUAAUAACUUGGCGCCGACGUUAUUUAGAUAAAAUAAGGCAUUACAGAUCACAGAAUAGGCCAAUAUAUUACUUAGACGAGACGUGGGUCAACGCAGGCGAGACGCAUAACAGGGCAUGGCUCGAUACCACGGUCAAGUCAUCACGAGAUGCAUUCAUCAAUGGCCUCACCACAGGACAAAAGCAACCCUCCGGGAAAGGUAAGCGUCUCAUCGUACUGCAUAUCGGAUCGACAGAUGGUUUUGUCCCGGGGGGCCUUUUGUGUUUUGAAUCUAAAACCAAUUCGUCUGACUACCACGAUGAAAUGAACGGCGAUACAUUUUUUGAAUGGUUUGUUAAAACCCUGCCGUUGCUGAAGGAUAACGCCGUCAUUGUAAUGGACAACGCCUCAUACAAUUCCGUGAAGAAGCACAAAAUACCGGUCAUGUCUUGGAAGAAACAAGAAAUUAUAGAUUGGCUUGAAAGCAAAGGCAAGGUCGUUAAACAUCCAACUGUAAAAGUAGAUUUAAUGAAUAAAGUCCGAAAAAUAAAAAAACAGUACGACCAAUAUGUAAUUGAUGAGUACGCAAAACAAAAUAACAAACUCAUACUGCGAUUACCACCAUAUCACUGCGAGCUAAAUCCCAUCGAGCUCGCGUGGUCGUCGGUAAAAAGUUAUGUUCGGACUCAUAACAACACCUUCAAAUUAAAGGACGUACAGGAGUUGCUGAAAAAAGGCGUGGACCACGUCACCCCGGAAAUGUGGACCAAUUUUGUUGGACAUGUGAUAAAGGAAGAAGAAAAGUUUUGGAACAUCGAGCAUACAACUGACGAAUUAAUAGACAAUCUACCAGAAGAAGGAGCACGUCAUGUUCUAUCGAUAGGAACUGGUGAUACGUCAAGUUCUUCAGAUUAUGACUCUGAUUAAUUUAUUUGUAUUUUAAUUAUUUUGAUUUUUUUCGCUAUUAUUUAAUUUUUUUUGUAUAUAAUUUUAUUCAUGAAUUUUUUUUUACUAAAUUAUCAUUACAAAGUGUAUUAUCUUAUGUACAAUUGAUCAUUUUUGUUGGUAUACAUAGAUAAAAAAAUUGAUAUUACAUACAUA